AUGCCGCUCAUCAUGGGAAUGCCGCACUCGCUCUGUCUUUCCCUCCGCUGCGCACUGGGUGGGCAGGAGGACGCGGUGCUGCUGCGCCACGCGCUGCAGUGCGACACGAAGCAGUGGGGCGAGCUGGGGAGGAGCGGUCAGCUCAAGAGGAGCAACAAGUCGUGCUGUAACCGUUACAUCUUCCUCCGAAGGAAGUUCACAGACCGCUUUUGCCAGAUUUUCCUGCGAAAGCACCUGGGAGCUGCUGCACUCCCGCAGCACAAUCCAUUGGACGGCCACAGACAGUCGUUGCUCUGUCAAGAUCUCAAGCAGCAGCAGUCGGAGCAUUCGGAGGGCGUGGGAGCAGCAGCCCUGGCGUUCGGAGGGCUGUCGUAUGAGGAGUGCGUGACGGCGUUCCUCGCCCCCCAUGCUCGCUGCUGCCUCCCACCCGCCCCACCCAACCUCUCAUCCCUCUUCGCCACCCCUCCCCUUGCUUUCCAAGGUCCUCCUUCUGCUUCCCAAGCUCCUCCACCUGCUUCCCAAGCUCCUCCUCCUGCUUCCCAAGCUCCUCCUCCUGCUUUCCAAGGUCCUCCUCCUGCUUCCCAAGCUCCUCCACCUGCUUCCCAAGCUCCUCCUCGUCCUUCCCAAGCUCCUCCUCCUGCUUCCCAAGCUCCUCCUGCUUCCCAAGCUCCUCCUCCUGCUUCCCAAGCUCCUCAUCUUGCUUCCCAAGCUCCUUCUCCUGCUUCCCAAGCUCCUCCUCCUGCUUCCCAAGCUCCUCCUCCUGCUUCCCAAGCUCCUCCUCCUGCUUCCCAAGCUCCUCCUCCUGCUUCCCAAGCUCCUCCUCCUGCUUCCCAAGCUGCCCCCUUCUCUGCGGCUGUCGCGUCUACCACGGAGUGCCCAUUCGCCCGUCAUGCCGUCCCUGUUCCUGCUGCCUCCACCGCCGCUGCUUUGCAUCGCCCAGCGAAGCGACCACGGGGCGACACUCCUGGGCUGACGGUAGGCCAACCGGUGCGUGGGGGAAACGGGAGCUGGGUGGUGCGAGGCGGGGUGGCGUUUGGCACGGAGCGCCGGCGUCAGUCAGUGGCAGAUCAGUUCCAGCAGCAGGGGGCGAGCAGGCGCGUGCAGGAGAAAGAGGAAGCAGCCCUUCUGGAGGCGCUGCUGCAGGAGGAGCAUCGCCAGCAGCAGCAAGGAGGAGCGGGUAGCAGGGCGCAGCGGGUGCUGUGGCCGCGCGUUGGGUCGGAGAGUGCCCUUCCAGACGACGUGCUGCUAAAAUCUAACAAUGGGGUCCCUGCCUUCACGCAACGCGCCGCUCUAUCUGUUUCUCCGCCCUCCCAACUCGUUGCUCUGCCCGGCUCCACUCCGCGCAAUGGUGAUUCCACUACCUGGUGUGGGGAUUUUGCUCCCUGCAUUGAGGAUUUCGCUCCCUGCAUUGAGGAUUUCACAAUGCAGCAGGUGGACUGGCCCCCCGUUGGGUCGGAGAGUGCUCUUCCAAACGACGUGCUGCUGGGACUCAGCCGUGAGGACCCUGCUUUCAUGCAAGGCACCGCUUUCUCUGCUCCUCUGCCAACCCAGCCACUCACAGCGCUGCCAUUAGCACUGCUCCCCAAACUCGCUGCUCUGUCUGGCUCCGCCCCCUGCAUUGGGAAUGGUUCCACACUGCAGCGGGUGGAGUGGCCGCGCAUUGGGUCGGAGAGUGCCCUUCUAGACGACGUGCUGCUGGGACUAUGCUGCAAGGGCCCUGCCUCCGCACAACGUGCUGCUCUCUCUGCUCCUCCGCCCACCCAGCCACGCGCACCCGCUGCUCUUUGUGCCUCCGCUCCCGGCAGCACGAGCGGUUGCAUUGCAGCGAUGCUUGCGGGGAGUACGUGUGGCACUCAGGAGCUGGAAUACGUUGAUGCAUGCAUUGACGCGCUCUGGAACGGAAGCAACACGGACAACAACAGCAACGGCGCUGACAACGGGGGCAUUGAAAACCACAGUGACAGGGACAAGGGUGCUCUCUUUCUCAACACGCCUGUUGUUCAUGUGCUACUGAGUGGGAGUGCCCUCGCCUUGCUCUUGCCCAGUGGGCCUCAGUCUCAGGGGCCUGCACCCCGUUGCGCUGCUGGGACAGCCACAGGUGCUGCUGGGACUGCCCUGUCAGAGUGGGCGGUGGAGCAAGGAGUGACCGCGAAGGGAAGUCGCCAGCAGCAGUUUCUCACCCAAGAGGUCACGCUUGCGCAGUGGAGUGCUCGUCAGCACUUAGAGCUUGAGCAAAUUGUCUCACUGCCACCGCACCAGCCACAACCACAGCCAUUGCCACUGCCACUGCCACCAACGCCAUGGCUGAGAGUGCCUUGUCAACUUCCACUGGCCCCAGGCGCCGCCAAUGGCCUUUACACGGCCUCAAACCCAAGGGGCUCGCACAUGCAAGCCCCCAUACUGCCGCGCCGUGCCGUGCUGCAGCAGCCCUUCUCCUCUGGUGCUCUGCCAUCUCUCUUCCACCCCCCUGUUGCCUCCUGUCAUGGGAUCAGCUUGGAUGUGCGUGGCUCUACUGAUCUGUUCAGCGAACAACUUACUCGAUUCUGA